GACCAGCUGAAGCCAAUUGAACCGGUACAGCAGCAGCUCCCUCAGGUGUGCACAGUGGCAGCUGCCCUGCAGGAAGCCAUGGAAAGAGACUGCUGGCAGAAGGCAUGGGUGAAGAAGCCAGUCACCUUUGAGGAUGUGGCAGUGAAUUUCACCCAGGAUGAGUGGGACUGUCUAGAUGCCAGUCAGAGGGUCCUUUAUGAGGAUGUCAUGGCGGAGACCUUCAGGAACCUGGUGUCUGUUGCCAGAAUUUUUCUGCAUAAACCAGAUCUGGUCAGUAAGCUUGAGCAAGAAGAGGGACGGUGGAAAGCAGAUCUGCAUCCCCCAAGCAGAGAGGACCUCCCUUCAGGUAAGAAAGAGAAACUUCGAGAUCAAGGUCAGAGACUGAGAGAUGAGAGGACCAGUGAUGACAAAGUCUUCUCCCUUGCUAGCAGAGGGGCAGGUCAAAGCCCGCCCUCUGCUCUAGCUGGCUCUGUGGACAAGACCUCAGUGUUCCAAGCAUCCCAAGCUGGGCCAAACUUUUCCUGCCACACCUGCGGCAGGUGUUUCAGCAAGCGCUCCUACCUCCUUAGCCACCAGCUUGUUCACAGCCCCAAGCAGACUAACAGCUGUAGCCAAUGUGGGAAAUUGUUUCGGAGCCCCAAGACCCUCGGCUACCACAGACGCAUGCAUCUUGGGGAGAGGCCCUUCUGUUGCUCACUCUGUGACAAGACCUACUGUGAUGCUUCUGGACUGAGUCGUCACCGCCGUGUCCAUCUGGGUUACCGGCCCCAUUCAUGCCCCGUUUGUGGGAAGGGCUUCCGGGACCAGUCUGAGCUCAAACGCCACCAAAAGGUACACCAGAACCAGGAGCCAGAGGCUGGAAACCAGGAGCAUAUUGUGAGGAUUCCAGGCACAGCUGCAUUCCAGACACCCAUCCUCAGGAGCCCGAGGUCCACUGAGGGGCUCAUGGAUGUGAACUAUGCACCAGUGAUCAGGAACCCAGAAGCCAUAUUUAGAACUGAGAGCCCUGUGGCCCAGAUCCAGCCACCUGUACUUAAUAACCAAGCACCUAUGGCCAGGACCCAGGCACCCAACACUAGAACCUCCUGCCUGGAUACCAGAUCUAACUCUCAUCCAGUGAAGCCCUCAGGACCCAAGGUCUUCUCUUGCCCCCAUUGUCCCUUGACUUUUAGCAAGAAAGCUUAUCUCUCCAGCCACCAGAAGGCACAUCUCAUGGAGCAGCCCAACCACUGCUUCCACUGUGGCAAGCCCUUCAGCUCAUUCCCCAGGCUGGUCAGAUACCAGCAGACCCAGUGGAAGGAGAAGAUCUACUGUUGCCCUGUCUGUGACCUCUGCUUUGGGGAGAAGGAAGGCCUUUUGGAUCACUGGAAGGGCUAUAAAAGCAAAGAACUAUGCCUGGGAAGCACCCCUGAAUGCUGGGUGACCCUGAGUCAGUGGCUUGGCUUCUUUCAUGAUGCCUCCCUUGUGGCUGGGAAGGAUCAGAAGCAUGGAGGAAAGGGGUCUCCUCCGAGGAUCUAUACCACUAGGAGAGGGGAGGUGAGGGAGAAGGCAUGCAAAGGAGAAGGCAAAGGAGGCAGUGAGGGUCUUUAA